GGUCAAGAGUUCCCAUGGAUGACCUCGAUGAAUCCACAGCUUUUCUCCACUGAAUUCCGUAAACAUGGCAGCCCAGCUCAGCCUGAUGAGAUUGUACUUCGUCACUUACAAUGUUGCUACGAAAUUCCCCGAGGAAGAUCCACGUCACAUGCUGGGGAUCGACAGACCUGAUCCUGAGUCACUGCCUGAUUUCUACGUCAUUGGACUGCAGGAGGUGAAGUCCCAACCCCAGAAUAUGGUGAUCGACAUGUUGUUCGAGGAUCCCUGGACGAAGAGCUUCAAGGAGUCCUUGAAGGGAUACGAUUACAUUAAAGUCCGCACCCAGAGGCUCCAGGGACUGGUCCUCAAUGUUUUCUGUUUACGAAAGCACUUGACGCACUUGAGGCACAUCGAGGCCACGUACACGAGGACUGGCCUCGGUGGGAUGUGGGGUAACAAGGGCGCAGUGAGUGUUCGAUUUAACAUGUACGGUGUCAACAUUUGCGUCGUCAACACCCACCUCACACCCCAUGAUCACCUGUUUGCUGAUAGAAUUGCUGAUUACAAUACUAUUCUCAGAGAACAUGCAUUUCAAGUACCUGAAACACAACAUAUCCUCUACCAUGACUACAUUUUUUGGAUCGGUGAUCUGAAUUUUCGUCUGAACGGGGAAGAUCUCACAGCAGAAAUCAUAGACAACCUAGUGAAAAAGAAUGAGCUGAAGCGCCUGCUGAGCAGAGAUCAGCUGAAUAUCGCGAUGGAGAGUGGAGAUGCCUUUGGAGAAUUCACUGAAGAAGCCGUUGAAUUUCCCCCGACCUACAAAUUCGAAUUUUCAUCGCAAGAAUAUGAUCUCAAACGUCGCCCAUCCUGGACGGACAGAAUUUUGUACAAAGUUAAUGCUGACGUGUACGAUGGCAUUAAAUUAGAAGCUGUAGAAAAAAAUUACAGGAGUCAUCCGAAUUACGUGCAGUCGGAUCACAAACCAGUGAGUGCAGAGUUCACCAUAAAGAUCAGACCAAAUUGUGAGGAUCAUGGAGUUGAAUUCCAGCCAGUGACUGCCUGGAUCGUGGACCAGGAGAAUUCUGUUGGGUAUACCCUGAGGGGGGACUUCAAGGCAUCACCUGGAGACUGGAUUGGCCUCUUCCACGAGGGAUUCACUUCCCUCGACGAAUAUCUCGUUUAUGAAUAUGUCGGUCGAGGAAAAUCUGACGUGGACAUAUCGUCUGCGAGAAAUAAUACGAUAACUGAGAGAAUAUAUUUCAGUGACAGCGCCCUGAGGGCCCCAGGAAUGUAUCGUCUGGUGUACGUUACUCAGUCCGGAGAUAUCGUCGGGGUCCUGGGGAUGAGUCCACCAUUCCCAGGUCACAGAAGAGCUUGAACCCGGGGGAGUAAUCCUCUGGGUAAUUAAUUCAGCAGUUGAGAGGGGAAGAGAUAGUAUUUUAUCCCGUCAUUGCUGAAUUCACGUAUGAAAAAAUUCUAUAGAAUGAACCAUCGCUUUUUUAUAAAAGGCCAUGUCGUUUUAUUUAAUUAUUUCAUACAGUAAUUGAACAAAGUAAUUGGGUACCUGCCUUCAUAUUG